ACCAGGCUUCAUCAACACUUCAGGGGAGGACCCUGCGUGGCUCGUGUGUCUGGAGCAGAAACACGCGUCGCUCCUUUAAAUGGGAUCCACCACCCUCCAUCCUCCACCACCCUCCAUCCUCCACCGCCAACCAGCGACCGCAGCAGCGAGGCGCCGCGCUGCGCUCCGUGUUGUGGUCGCGUCUGCGCAUGCGCCCCACAUUGGACUUACUGCACUGGUCAGAAUAAGUUGGAUCUCGCCUUGUCUUCCCUAAAAGAAGAAAAAAACAAAACCAAACCACAUGCAACUAUGGCGGUGUUGAGAAUAAGGGAGAUGAAGGUGUCCCUGCCCCUCGUGCUGCUGGCGGUGUGUGCGCACAGUUCCCAGUGUAAAUGACCCUAGCAAUAUGUCUCUGGUCAAGGAGACGGUGGACAGGUUGCUGAAGGGAUAUGAUAUACGACUGAGGCCAGAUUUCGGAGGUCCCCCGGUCGGUGUGGGCAUGAAUAUAGACAUAGCGAGCAUAGACAUGGUCUCAGAAGUCAAUAUGGACUACACGCUGACCAUGUACUUCCAGCAGGCGUGGCGGGACAAGCGGCUGUCCUACUCGGAGAUCCCCCUCAACCUGACCCUAGAUAACCGCGUGGCCGACCAGCUCUGGGUGCCCGACACCUACUUCCUCAACGACAAGAAGUCCUUUGUGCACGGCGUCACGGUGAAGAACCGAAUGAUCCGCCUGCACCCCGACGGCACGGUGCUGUACGGCCUGAGGAUCACAACCACUGCUGCUUGCAUGAUGGACCUGAGGAGAUACCCCCUGGACGAGCAGAACUGCACCCUGGAGAUCGAGAGCUAUGGUUACACGACGGAUGACAUUGAGUUCUACUGGCGUGGAGGGCACAACGCCGUCACGGGCGUGGAGCGCAUAGAGCUGCCCCAGUUCUCCAUCGUGGACCACAAGCUCAUCUCCAAGAACGUUGUGUUCUCCACAGGGUCCUACCCCCGGCUGUCCCUGAGCUUCAAGCUGAAGAGGAACAUCGGCUACUUCAUCCUGCAGACCUACAUGCCCUCCAUCCUGAUCACCAUCCUGUCCUGGGUCUCCUUCUGGAUCAACUACGACGCCUCGGCCGCCAGAGUGGCCCUCGGCAUCACCACGGUGCUCACCAUGACGACCAUCAACACUCAUCUGAGGGAGACCCUGCCCAAGAUCCCCUACGUCAAGGCCAUCGACAUGUACCUCAUGGGCUGCUUUGUGUUCGUGUUCCUCGCCCUGCUGGAGUACGCCCUGGUCAACUACAUCUUCUUUGGACGAGGCCCCCAGCGGCAGAAGAAGGCGGCGGAGAAGAUAUCCACAGCAAACAACGAGAAGAUGCUGAUGGACCCAAAUAAGUGGCUGGUGGGUAAUGUAGUCGGGAGAGACGAUACUCUGUACUCGAGGAUGAAGCAGAGGGACCUGGACGGACGCGACCCGAUGUGGGAGCCCAUCUUCAUGGACGAUGCAGGGCUCGGACUGGGAGAUCCGAAGAAUAAGAUGGACUCCCAUGAAAACAUCCUGCUGGGCACCCUGGACAUCAAGAACGAGAUGGGCCCGUCGGAGCUGGCGCUCGGCCUGAACGACCCGCGCAACACCAUGCUGACGUACGACAGCUCCACGCUGCAGUACCGCAAGGCCGGCCUGGCCCGGCACAACUUUGGCCGCAACGCGCUGGAGCGCCACGUCACCCAGAAGAAGAGCCGGCUACGGCGGCGCGCCUCCCAGCUCAAGAUCAACAUCCCCGACCUGACGGACGUCAACUCCAUCGACAAGUGGUCACGGAUAAUCUUCCCCACCGUCUUCUCCCUCUUCAACAUCAUCUAUUGGCUGUACUAUGUCAACUGAAGACAGGGGGAGGAGGGGCGAGGGGGGACUUUGAUUAGGGCGGGCGACAGAGGAGCUGCGUCACAUGCAUCUUCUCGUUUCUAUUGGUAUUUUUUUUUGUUUAUUUGUGUUUGUUCGGUUUGGUUUCAUUUGUGUGGGAUUUUGCAAAACAAAGACUGAAUUUCGAUGCUAACGAGGGCCCAUCAACGCGUGGACUGGAUCAUCUGAAACGUGGAACAUAGCACAAUAACUGGCAAACGCGGGGGAAAAAGCAAAAACCUUAUCGGCAAAGAUAUUCAAGACAUACAUCGUGCCUGUUCCUGAGUUUUUAUAUGAUUUAAAUUGUUAUUUGGUAUGAGUUAUAUUUGUUUUAACUUUGUAUAAUGUAUUGGAGAUUCUUAAACAUAUAAUACAGCUUCAGGAUAGGAAUUAUCUUAGUCACUGGGAAAACCGCUAUACAUGAAAACAUUGCUCUUUUUCUCAUAACGUCUGUAUUAUACAUUCUACACUACUGUGUGACAUGAAAAUAUUCAGAUUUCAGAUAAAAUAUUUUCUACUUUAAUACAAUAGGAGCACUUUAAAGGGGAUUUGUAUUAUCUUAAUUCAAUAUAUGAAUACUCUUUUUGAUAGCUUAAAAGACGGUCAAACAAACUGAGAUCAUUCCAAACACCCUAGGUUUAACUGGAGACUGCUGACUCAAACCUUACCGAUGGUCAGCACAUCCAACUGCUCACCGCCCAGGGCUGCCACCCUACUCAUGUUUAGUUCAAGAAAGGAACGCACAUAUCAAUUCCCCCGUUUAACUGUUCAAACACUUAGGUCAAUAAGUAAAGAAAGCACUGAAUUUAAUCAGGAGGAAUCCCAUAAGGUAUAGCAAGUGAUAGUACAGCACAAUAUGGCUCUUAUAUUUGUGUGCGGGUAUACAAAGAGUGGUCUUUGGUGUUGUCUUAUUUAAAUGAAUAUAAGAUAAUCCCAAUACACCUUAACGACUGAAUGAUUGAGCCGGUUUAUGAGACUGCCUUCGAUGAGAUCGAAAUGAAAACAAGUACCUGCCUCCUUCCUUAAGACAAUAUAAAUGUAAAUAUAUUAAUAUCUUAAAUUAUUUUAAGAUUUGUAAGUUAUCCCCUGCCCUACCCUUUUAAAGGCCUCACAUACUUAUUUAUUCUAAGAAAAAAAAAGCCAUCAAAUAAACUAUAAAGUCUUAUUACGCAACUCUUUUUUUCUAAAAUAAAAACACAUAUUUUAUAUAGUACAAUGCCAAAAUGUGUAUAUUUACAGAGUAGUUACCAACUCAGUAUUCUAGGGAAGGCUUCCAUUGGUGCAGAAGUGAUGGCAGAGUGGGCCAUGCUUCCUCUUUGAUGAUAUCGUAGCUAGCUUUUGUAUAACCUUUACACACAUCAGAGGUAUGAUCAUCUUUGUAUGCCUGGUGCUUGUAAGGACCAGUGCCCUUUGUUUGCCUAUUUUACAUUUUGAUCGCACCCAGUCACCCAUGUGGAUGAAAACAUAUAGCCACACAGCUAUAGCAUUAGCUUAGAGUCAACAUAUGUGUUUGGGGUUGGUACAGAAAGGCAGUCACAUGCACAAUGGGAUAGUUAUUGGUUAUAUUAAUUGGAAAAUGAUAAUUUAACUUUUGGAAGCCAUGCACAUUAGAAUCAAUAAAUACACUGUAUACAUGACGAACAAUUCAAUGUAGUUCUCUGUUCCCCGUUUAAAAUCAAUCCGAACCAUCAGGGAGGUGGAAUUAUUUUUGCGACCUAAUGUCUGAUAGUUUCUAACUCUAUCAGAGGGUAAUAUUAAACCACUAGCAUUAAAACAAUUUGAGAUAUAGCUACACUCAAUCAUUUUGAGUUUUGUUGUUAUUUCAAGGUCACAUUUUCCAUCUAUGCUCUAUUUACUUAAAAUGAACACGGGAUACUUUAUUUGAUUCAUUGUUUUGUAUUGCUGUACAUCUCUGUGCAGUCGUUUUUACUCUUUUAGAUUAACCAGAUACAUAUCUGCAUUAUUUAGUGUUGGGUGGAAGGCUACUAGUUCUAUAUAAAAGGCAAUUUGUUUUUUCUUAGUGUUGAAGCAUUUAAAGACGAAGAGAGAGAGGGGGUGGGGCAAAUAAGCUGUAUAUAUGGAAGUAAAUCAUUUGACCACUUACUAACUGAUACAAAUGAUAUAGUAUUUAUACCUAGUAGGUUGUUUCAAGGAGAUCGACUUAAUAAGAGUCUCCAUUUUUAACGUAGCCUAAAGGAGUUUCUGUAGAUUGUUGUUAACGGCUGACUUUGAAAUAAGUCUGUACAAUCAGUCAGUGAGAAGUGAACUAGAAAGAAAUCACCAUGACUCCAAAUAACAUUGUUAUUCUUAUUUAAUUUACAGCGAAGGAUAUUUACAGUCAAUAACUUAUCCAACAUGGAUCACGAAAGCUUUAACGUUACAACAUAUCCGACGAACAGUUUGCAUAGAUUAUAAAAAUGAACAUUUUGACAUUCACCUUACUUUUUUAGGAACAUUUUAGGGAUAGUUAAUAUGACUGUAUGAUUAUUUGUAAAUUGCUAGUAUAUUUCACAAAUGGGGCAGAGCUUGACACAAUUUUGACAUCCUUCUAAACCUGAAAUAAACAUGAUUCUUAUGGCAAUCAUAAACAAGGGUCAAUUCUAUUU